CGAGCGCGAGGGAGCGACGGAAGCGCUCGGCGCCUGGUUCUGCGCGCGCCGGCUCUACAGAGCAGGAGCAAGAGGUCGCCGCCAGCCUCCGCCGCCGAGCCUCGCUCGUGUCCCCGCCCCUCGCUCCUGCAGAUAAUGCUCAGAGACGCUGGGGCGCCCACCCUGGCAAACUAACGAAGCAGCUCCCUUCCCACCCCAACUGCAGGUCUAAUUUUGGACGCUUUGCCUGCCACUUCUUCCAGGUUGAGGGAGCCGCAGAAGCGGAGGCUUGCGUAUUCUUGCAGUCAGCGCCCACGUCGCCCCCGGACGCGCGGUGCUCAGGCCCUUCGCGAGCGGGGCUCUCCGUCUGCGGUCCCUUGUGAAGGCUCUGGGCGGCUGCAGAGGCCGGCCGUCCGGUUUGGCUCACCUCUCCCAGGAAACUACACUGGAGAGCCAAAAGGAGUGGAAGAGCCUGUCUUGGAGAUUUUCCUGGGGAAAUCCUGAGGUCAUUCAUUAUGAAGUGUACCGCGCGGGAGUGGCUCAGAGUAACCACAGUGCUGUUCAUGGCUAGAGCAAUUCCAGCCAUGGUGGUUCCCAAUGCCACUUUAUUGGAGAAACUUUUGGAAAAAUACAUGGAUGAGGAUGGUGAGUGGUGGACAGCCAAACAACGAGGGAAAAGGGCCAUCACAGACAAUGACAUGCAGAGUAUUUUGGACCUUCAUAAUAAAUUACGAAGUCAGGUGUAUCCAACAGCCUCUAAUAUGGAGUAUAUGACAUGGGAUGUAGAGCUGGAAAGAUCUGCAGAAUCCUGGGCUGAAAGUUGCUUGUGGGAACAUGGACCUGCAAGCUUGCUUCCAUCAAUUGGACAGAAUUUGGGAGCACACUGGGGAAGAUAUAGGCCCCCGACGUUUCAUGUACAAUCGUGGUAUGAUGAAGUGAAAGACUUUAGCUACCCAUAUGAACAUGAAUGCAACCCAUAUUGUCCAUUCAGGUGUUCUGGCCCUGUAUGUACACAUUAUACACAGGUUGUGUGGGCAACUAGUAACAGAAUUGGUUGUGCCAUUAAUUUGUGUCAUAACAUGAACAUCUGGGGGCAGAUAUGGCCCAAAGCUGUCUACCUGGUGUGCAAUUACUCCCCAAAGGGAAACUGGUGGGGCCAUGCCCCUUACAAACAUGGGCGGCCCUGUUCUGCUUGCCCACCUAGUUUUGGAGGGGGCUGUAGAGAAAAUCUGUGCUACAAAGAAGGGUCAGACAGGUAUCAUCCUCCUCGAGAAGAGGAAACAAAUGAAAUAGAACGACAGCAGUCACAAGUCCAUGAAACCCAUGUCCAGACAAGAUCAGAUGAUAGUAGCAGAAAUGAAGUCAUAAGCACACAGCAAAUGUCCCAAAUUGUUUCUUGUGAAGUAAGAUUAAGAGAUCAGUGCAAAGGAACAACCUGCAAUAGGUACGAAUGUCCUGCUGGCUGUUUGGAUAGUAAAGCUAAAGUUAUUGGCAGUGUACAUUAUGAAAUGCAAUCCAGCAUCUGUAGAGCUGCAAUGCAUUAUGGUAUAAUAGACAAUGAUGGUGGCUGGGUAGAUAUCACUAGACAAGGAAGAAAGCAUUAUUUCAUCAAGUCCAAUAGAAAUGGUAUUCAGACAAUUGGCAAAUAUCAGUCUGCUAAUUCCUUCACAGUCUCUAAAGUGACAGUUCAGGCUGUGACUUGUGAAACAACUGUGGAACAGCUCUGUCCAUUUCAUAAGCCUGCUUCACAUUGCCCAAGAGUAUACUGUCCUCGUAACUGUAUGCAAGCAAAUCCACAUUAUGCUCGUGUAAUUGGAACUCGAGUUUAUUCUGAUCUGUCCAGUAUCUGCAGAGCAGCAGUACAUGCUGGAGUGGUUCGAAAUCACGGUGGUUAUGUUGAUGUAAUGCCUGUGGACAAAAGAAAGACCUACAUUGCUUCUUUUCAGAAUGGAAUCUUCUCAGAAAGUUUACAGAAUCCUCCAGGAGGAAAGGCAUUCAGAGUAUUUGCUGUUGUGUGAAAUGGAAUACUUGGAAGAGGAUCAUAAAGACUAUUCCAAAUGCAAUAUUUCUGAAUUUUGUAUAAAACUGUAACAUUACUGUACAGACAGAGUACAUCAACUAUUUUCAGCCCAAAAAGGUGCCAAAUGCAUAUAAAUCUUGAUAAACAAAGUCUAUAAAAUAAAACAUGGGACAUUAGCUUUGGGAAAAGUAAUGAAAAUAUAAUGGUUUUAGAAAUCCUGUGUUAAAUAUUGCUAUAUUUUCUUAGCAGUUAUUUCUACAGUUAAUUACAUAGUCAUGAUUGUUCUACAUUUCAUAUAUUAUAUGGUGCUUUGUAUAUGCCACUAAUAAAAUGAAUCUAAACAUUGAAUGUGAAUGGCCCUCAGAAAAUCAUCUAGUACAUUUAAAAAGAAUCGACUCUAAAACUGAAAGAAACCUUAUCACAUUUUCCCCAGUUCAAUGCUAUGCCAUUACCAACUCCAAAUAAUCUCAAAUAAUUUUCCACUUAAUAACUGUAAAGUUUUUUUCUGUUAAUUUAGGCAUAUAGAAUAUUAAGUUCUGAUAUUGCACUUCUUAUUUUAUAUAAAAUAAUCCUUUAAUAUCCAAAUGAAUCUGUUAAAAUGUUUGAUUCCUUGGGAAUGGCCUUAAAAAUAAAUGUAAUAAAGUCAGAGUGGUGGUAUGAAAACAUUCCUAGUGAUCAUGUAGUAAAUGUAGGGUUAAGCAUGGGCAGCCAGAGCUUUCUAUGUACUGUUAAAAUUGAGGUCACAUAUUUUCUUUUGUAUCCUGGCAAAUACUCCUGCAGGCCAGGAAGUAUAAUAGCAAAAAGUUGAACAAAGAUGAACUAAUGUAUUACAUCACCAUUGCCACUGAUUUUUUUUUAAAUGGUAAAUUACCUUGUGUAUAAAUAUUGCCAUAUCAUGGUACCUAUAAUGGUGAUUGAUAUAUUUGUUUCUAUGAAAAAUGUAUUGUGCUUUGAUACUAAAAAUCUGUAAAAUGUUAGUUUUGGUAAUUUUUUUUCUGCUGGUGGAUUUACUAUUUCCCAUAAACAUAUUAAAAUUAAUCAUGUUUCAAAGUUUUAUUUUCAGUUCCUUUUGCAUGCCUAUUUUGAUUUAGAAAUCACUUUAAGAUAAAUGAACAAAAUUAUUGUAAGUCUGCUAAAUUUGGUUUAUUGACAUUAGUAUAAAUAACAUACUUAAUACCAGAUGUCUACAAAAUCGACCUAAUUAUUGAGGUAUUUGUAUGUGAAAGAGAAACACAUAUUUAGAAACAUAGCAAGGGAAAUUUUGAAUAAAGAGAGAGAUGAAUUUAUAAAGUAGGAAAAAAAGAAUCUGAAAGAUACAAAGUGAUUAUAAAAGAAUUGACAGGACAAUAAAUACUUCAAGUACUUUUAGAAAGUAAAUGAGUAGGAGUUUAGGAGGGAUAAACAAGAUAAAUUCCAUGCAAUGAUCAAGGAAAGCAAGAGAGCAGAUGAUACAAAAGAAAAAGAAGGUUCGCAUAAAUAGCUUCUGGAGUGCAAAUUAUAAAGACAUCAACAUUUUUGAUCAUAUAAUAAGUAUUGGCUUAGAGCUAAGUGGUUCCAGAUACUGCUAAUUAAAACAAUAAUGUAUACGUUAAAGAUUGCAAAACUUAAAAGCAGAUUUUUAUGGGAACUUUUUUCGAAAGGAUACAUGACUACCUUCUUAAAUAGUAUGACUUUACAUAGACUCUUUUUCUGGUCCUUACUGCUCCUCCCACAACAGGGAAGCCUCAUCAGUUCUGUCAGUAUAAGGUUUUCUUCUAUUUGCCCUUAGUUUAGAUCUCCCUCAUCAAUUCCACUUACUAUUGUAAUGUCUUCAGCUGGAGCCUCUUUGUGUCUUUCUCCAUUCCUUUUUAAUACAUUCGUAUUUCCCAGCCCCAGAACCCUUGAAAUUAACUCUUCCAUGAGUUUUCAUUGCUGAAGAAAAACCAAACAUCCUUGUAAAAACAUUUAAGAACUUCCAUAGUCUUGUUCAUAUUGUUUACCUAUCUUCUACACAAGGCGUGUCCUCGGGUAAGUUAUUUAACUUCAAUUUACCUUACCUGUAAAAUGGAACACAUAAUAUCUCCUUAAGAUUGCUCUACAAAUUAAUUGACACAUUAUGUGUGAUGUACUUAAAGGAAUAAUAACCACAUAAUAUGUGGUCAGUGGACGCCAUUUUCUAUUAUUAUAAUCAUUUUUGUUAUUUAAUUUGGGGAAACUAUUCAUCUGUCAUAUACUAUUGAUCCUUUGGCACUUAAAUAAAUGUGAAAUCCUCCAGGAAUUUUCCUGUGGUUCUCCUUGUAAGAAUUAAAUGCUUUCUAAUAUGAUAUCCUUUUAAUUUGACCAUUGUAAUUAUUUAACUUGUGUUUUAUUAUAUUCUUUAAAGGAUAAGCUCUUUGAGAAUGGUAAUACUCUUACUCAUCUCUCUACCCAAGAGCACAAUUGCCUCAGUGAUUUUUACUUCCGUGAACUCUACAAAUGGUAUAUCAGUAUUGUUGAGUGAGCAUUCCAACAAGUCCUAAUUUUAUUUUUGAUGAAAAUGAAAAUUUUUUCCACAUUAUAGUGUGAGGUCAACACAAACAAAGUGCUAUAGCUAGUGAAAAUAGUUUAUUGAUAGACGUGGACUUAAAACAGAUCAAUGCUUGUAGAAUAGUAUUAAUAUCAUUAUUUUAGCAUUUAAAGUUUACCAGAUCAUGUGUUACUUUAAUACUUUUCAUAUAUUAAAAAAUAAUUAUGUAUUUCAAGCAUAGUAUUAUGAAAAUAAAUUACUCUCCUAACCUUAGAUAAUUUGCAUAUUACAGGGUCCACUUUUCAAUACUGGCCUCUAAAAUCUUGACGGUUCUCUAGCUGUUCUAAAAUGUUUUUAAAGAAAUGUAAACUCUUCUAAAUAGCAUGGUGAGCCAAGCAAAGAAACAGCUAUCAUUUUUGCAAACAUACCAAAUUUCAGAUUUGGACUUUAAGCUAAUUCAUUGCACAAAGAAUUACAUUGUUAGAGUUGAUUUUAAAAACUUAUCUGAGGUGACAUUUCCACCCUGGCACCAUAAUAUUCAGGAGCUGAAGAAAUAGUUUAGUGAAAUAAUCUGAUCCUCUUUUAUUAAUUUGUUGUAAUUAAGUCAAAAUUAUAUCAGUUUGAGAUUUAAAAAAGGCAGGCAAACUUGUUAGAACACUGCUCUUAUACUUAACAAUUAGAUAUUCUCUAGUUCCUUUUAUCCCCCAAUCCUUAUGUCACCUUGCACAGAAUUAUCAGAAUGUGAAACGGUGCUGGUAAGCAAACAUUCUUGCACUAGACCAUUAAGUUCUGAAAACUAAUUUUCCAAUGAUUACUAACAAAUAUUUUCUGAUUAAAACCAUAGUGAAUUGGCAAUUAUGUUUACCACUAUACUGAUGAAGAUGAAAAGCAGAGGGCCUACACAUGACUGUAUCUGAUAAGCUCAGUAAGAAAAAAAAAAAAAACGUGUACAGAAGAUGAAGUAGAAAUUAGAGAUACGUAUUUAAAAGGCAUGAACUGAUUGCAAAUAUCAUUAGAGGCUGGAUGUGGUGGCUCAAGCCUGUGGUCCCAGCACUUUGGGGGGCUGAGGUGAGCAGAUCAGUUGAGCCCAGGAGUUUGAGACCAGUCAGUGCAUGAUGAAAUCCCAUCUCUACAUAAAUUAGCCAGGCGUGGUGGCACCUGCCUCUAGUCCCAGCUACUUGGGAAGCUGAGAUUGGAGGACCACCUGAGCCCAGGAAGUUGAGGCUACAGUGAGCUGUGAUUGCACCACUGCACUCCAGCCUGGG